CUUCGUUCCCUAAGACUUUUAAUUCAUUGUUCGCAAGCAGUCGGUGUUGAUUCUGGAAGCUUGCAUUGAGAUCGCCAUCGUUCGCUUUGGGUAGUUGAACAGGGACAAAGCAGCUUCUUUGAGACGCGACAUCCUUCUAAAUCUAGAAGCGGCCGAGUCACCUUUAUCUGUUAUUAAUCGAUCUACGGCUUGCUAUCCCCGCAUCGCCAUCUUUGGAGUAAGGAAGCAUCAUGGUCCUCUCAAACGAUGAACGCGGAUGGGUCAUGGCAAGUGUCAGUGGUGCUGCAUGCAUCAUUGGGGCUUCCAUAAUCUGCGUCGAUAUAAUCGUCAGAAAAUUUCCAAGCAAACGCAACUUCAGGAUACAGGAUAGCGAUACGUUCUUGUCGUCGUCGCUCAGCUUGAGUUUUGGUGUCAUGCUGUUCUCUGCUCUUUUCAGCAUGAUGCCUUCGGCUAAGAGUUCUCUCCAAAAGGGUGGAAUGUCACCGAAAGCUGCCGCUUGGACGUUGAUAGGCUGUUUCCUAGCAGGUGCUUUGGGUAUUCAGGUCAUCAGCCGACUUGCUCACUUGUUCAUGCCGUCUCAUGUGGUAGAUUGCGAACACUCCCACGACGAAGAAUCUGCUGUCAAAGAACCCACCGAAGAGGAUGGACAAGUGCGCCAUGAGCAAGCUCAUCCUCCAUCUCACGAUCGCUCACACGGAGGACCGAAGAUUUCGGCCCGCAAAUCAACUUCUGCUGCAGCUGAUGAAAAUGGUUCUGCAACACUUCCACCAGGCAAGAGUUUGUCAAGGCGGCCUUCGCUGCAGGCUCGUUUGAGUCAGACGCUCUCCUCGAUCGCUUCUAGAUCAAAGUCAUCUUGCGAUUGCGAUGGUCCAUGUUACGGGUUCAGCGAGCCAUGUGGUGCGGACUGUUUCAAGAACAUGCAAACGAGGCAAGCAAGUACUCGCUCUAUCAUUCGCCAGCAACUCCUCCGUGGCGAAUCAACCGCUUCGGAACAGACUCCGCUGCUUCAGAGUAUCAGGGAUGAGAAUUCCCCUCGUCCUGGACAUCAGGGCCGUAUGGCAUCUGACACGGUUUUGCAGACUAAGAAGCUUAACAGCACUCCCAGCCUAACCAACGCUGAUACUGUGAUUGAAGAGGAGGAGGAGGACACACAUUCGCUUCACCAUGCCAAGUCACACGCCUCUCUUUCCAGCAACCAGCAACGGAAUGGAGAGCAGCAGCCUCACCAUCAUCACGUUCCUACAAACGUUUUCGCCAGCAUUGGUCUCCAGACGUCCAUAGCAAUUGCCCUUCACAAGCUACCAGAAGGCUUCAUCACCUUUGCCACUAACCAUGCCAACCCAAAACUCGGUUUCUCCGUCUUCCUGGCUCUGUUCAUCCACAACAUCACCGAUGGCUUUGUGCUCGCUUUGCCCCUCUACCUCGCCAUCAACAACCGCGCUAAAGCAAUGUUUUGGGCCUCUCUACUUGGUGGAGCUUCUCAACCUCUCGGCGCCGGUGUUGCCGCUAUCAUCUUCAAGAUUGCUGGCUCUAAGAAUGUAGCAAUCAGUGAGAACUUCUAUGGAGCCAUGUUUGCGGUCACGGCGGGCAUCAUGACAUCUGUUGCAUUGCAGCUCUUUGGAGAGAGUCUCGAGCUCACUCAUAACAAAGGCCUUUGCAUGAUCUUUGCCUUUGUCGGUAUGGGCAUCUUGGGUUGUAGUUCGGCCUUGACUGCAUGA